GGACUCCAGCCUAUCCUCUCUAAACAGUGAAGGCAAUGGUCCUGGCAAAGCGUCCUGCCUUAGGAGGGAGACUUUUACACUGCACAAAAGCCAGGGAAACACUCGUCGCUGGAAUGAACCAGAGCCCUCCUGCACUCGCCGUGGAUUAAAACCGAAACUUUUACGAUGGCUCUGAACGUGAAAAAGUAGCGCGAGAAACAGCACGCUAAACCGCCACCGCCGCCACCACCACCAACGGACCUUCUACUGCAAAGCAACUCCUAGUAGAUGUACGGCCACUGCUGAAAAAUAUGCUCCAGCCAAGCAACCUCAACCCGGGCUCCAGUCGCAAAUUCGCAGUGUUUUAACCAGUUUCGUGAGACAUUCACGGGCCUCUUCUUCACGUUGUUGUUGUUGUUGUUGUUGUUUUUUAAAGGUUCUUACCUUUAAAGUCCGCUAUACAAGUCCACAACCCACCUGAGAGAGAGAGAGAGAAAUAAGAGAGAGAGAAUUAUGGCAGGGAAGCUGACAGCAGCGCAAGGCACAGGAAUACUGCUGGUGACAGCCAACGUUGGAUCCCUGUUCGAGGAUCUUGAAAAUCUACAGAAGACAUGGCUGAGGGAGUUUUACCAGACAGUACAGUCGCAUAAGCCUCACUUCUUGGCACUGCAUUGUCAGGAGGUGGGUGGGAAGAAUUUCGAGGAGUCCAUGUCACACGUGGAUAAUUUUGUGAAAGAGCUGUUGUCCAGCGAUGCCUUGAAGGAAUACAGCAGAGCCCGCGUCUACCUCGAUGAGAACUACAGAUCCCAGGAGCAUUUCACAGCUCUUGGAAGUUUAUACUUUAUCCACGACUCUUUGAAAAACAUCCAACAGUUUGAUUUCAAAGCCAAGAAAUUUAGAAAGGUGGUCGGGAAGGAAACCUGCUCAGAGACACUAGAAAGCACACCCACACUGGAGAAGGCGAAGUUUCCACAGGACUACUUUCCCGAGUGCAAGUGGUCCAGAAAGGGAUUCAUCAGAACUCGAUGGGCCAUGGCUGACUGUGCCUUUGAUCUGGUCAACAUCCACCUUUUCCAUGAUGCUUCCAACCUUGUGGCCUGGGAGAAAAGCCCAUCAGAGUACUCUGGGACCAGGCAGAAGGCACUGGCCUACGUUUUAGACAGGAUCACAGACCAGCGGUAUGAGAAGCUGCCAUUUUUUGUCUUCGGUGACUUUAACUUCAGGUUGGACUCUAAGAAAGUUAUUGAGAAACUCUGCUCUGAUGCCACCAUGCAGACAAUCAGAACCGACAACAAUGAAAUUCACAAGCUAGUAUUUCAAGAAACUGAUAAUGACCGAAAGGUUAUUCUUCAAAUUGAAAAGAAGCUUUUUAAUUAUGUCAACCAGGAAGUAUUCCGGGAAGACAAUGGGACCUCACUUUUAGAGUUUGAUAAAGAGCUGUCAGUGUUCAAAGAACGUCUGCAUGAACAAGAGAUCGGUUUCCCGCCAAGUUAUCCGUACAGUGAAGACAGCAGUCAGGGGAAGCAGUACAUGAAUACCAGAUGCCCCGCCUGGUGUGACCGAAUCCUGAUGUCUCCCUCUGCCAGAGACAUGUUGCUAAAGCCUGAAAAUGAAGAGAAGUCUAUAGUCUAUGAUAACAUUGGGCCCAAUGUCUGCAUGGGGGACCACAAGCCUGUCUUCCUGUCCUUCCGAAUAACAGCGGGGGCAGGUAAACCUAAUGCAAAUAAGCACAAGUGUUGUGUGGUGCAGUGAUGUCGUGGGAAGUGUUGCCAAAGGGGGGAGAACAUAUUCCGUGAAGCGCCUCUGUGAGAACACCCGAGAAACAA